CGGCGGCGGCGUCCGGGCGGGUGUGCGCGCGUGUGGAGCGCAGGCUCGGCAGCGGCGGCGGCUGAGCCUGCAGCGGCGGCCGCGGCCCGUCUGGAGCGGCCGCUGCGAGAACGCCAGCUGCAGCGGGGGAGGCGCAGCCUUGGCUGCGCGCUCCGUGGAGCCGGCGGGGGCCGGGAACAGGUGAUCCCAGCGGGAGCCCCAAGCCUUGUCGAGUUGGCGGGGCGGGAACCGCUCUCCCGGGCGCAGCUGCAGGCGCUCAGCCGCGACUCGUCGCGGACGGCGCGGGGCUCCGGACUCGGACUGGGGUUCGAGCAUCCCUCGGCUCCUUGUCCCUGCAGGCUCGGAAGUGCUUGCUCCCGCUCCCCGGCCUCUCCCCGCUUCCCGGCGCCCGCUCCGCGGCGGAGCAAAGUUGUGGACGUGUCCCGAUAUCCGAGCGAGGACGUUGUCGCGACCCGGCCGGGUGGGCGCCCUCUCCAAGCAGUGCUGACACGCCAGCCCCGCCACCGCCUGGCCCCCCGAGCCGGCUGCUCUGGAAACUGCUUCUGAGGCGGAAACUUUGGGCACCGACGGGCGCGGGAGGGAGGCCGAGGGGCUGAGGGCGGUUCGGCGCGGGGAAACGAGGACGCUGCCCGGUCCGGCCUGCGAGCGCCCCUCGGCGCCGACAGCCUUGGCGCGGCGGACGGCAUGUGACGGCCCCGGCGGCGGCCGCAGCGCGGGAAGGCGCGGGCCCGGGCCGCUGCCGGGAGGGGCUGCGCGGCGGCCGGAGGAAGGGCUGCAGUGCGCGACCCGCCGCUGCGGGCCCGGGCCCUGAGCAGUGCAGUGCAGCCCGGCUCGCCCGGGGCCCGCGGAGGCUGCUGCGCCCCCGCCUCGUUGCGGGAGGUCUCGCCCCAAACUCCCUGAACUUCAAGGGGGCGCAGUCCCCGAAACGGCGGAACUCUCGCGGUUGGCAGCCCUGCCCCCGGCGGCGCCCCUCGACGCCCUCCUCUCGCCGAGUCCCCGGCUGACAAGUGCCUGGACCCCGAAGGCCUCGGGGGUCCCAGACGGAGCUGACCUCCCCCAGCCCCGUUCCAGGCCACGAUGCUCAUGAGGAAAGUGCCCGGUUUCGUCCCGGCCUCCCCGUGGGGGCUGCGGCUGCCGCAGAAGUUCCUCUUCCUUCUCUUCCUCUCUGGCCUCGUAACCCUGUGCUUCGGGGCUCUCUUCCUGCUGCCCCACUCCUCUCGCCUUAAGCGCCUCUUUCUGGCCCCCCGGGCCCAGCAUACCGGCCUGGAGGUGGUGGCCGAAGUCGAGCAGGAGCCUCCUCCCAAUCCGGCGCCCGCCGCGCCGGCCCCGGGCGAGGACCACCCCAGUAGCUGGGCCGAUCUACCCCGCAGGAAGGGGUGGCUGCGGCGCACCCGUCCCACCGGGCCCCGGGAGGAGGCCACGGCGGCCCGCGGCAACGGCAUGACUGCCCCCAGGCCCCGGGAGAGAAGCGUCCCGUUUAGCUUUGACUUCAGCGCGUUCCGGAGCCGCCUCCGCCACCCGGUGCUGGGGACGAGACCCGACGAGAGUAAGGAGCCCCAGAGCCGAGUGCGAGCCCAACGGGAGAAAAUCAAGGAGAUGAUGCAGUUUGCCUGGCAAAGCUACAAGCAUUAUGCAAUGGGGAAAAAUGAGCUGCGUCCACUAACAAAAGAUGGCUACGAGGGUAACAUGUUUGGAGGGCUCAGCGGGGCGACGGUCAUCGACUCCCUUGACACCCUCUACCUCAUGGAGCUGGAGGAGGAGUUCCAGGAGGCCAAGGCCUGGGUGGAAGAGAGCUUCCACCUGAACGUGAGCGGAGAAGCGUCCUUGUUCGAGGUGAACAUUCGCUACAUCGGAGGCCUCCUCUCGGCCUUCUACCUGACAGGAGAAGAGGUGUUCCGAAUAAAGGCCAUCCAGCUCGGGGAGAAACUGCUGCCCGCCUUCAACACCCCCACCGGGAUCCCCAAGGGCGUGGUGAACUUCAAAAGUGGCUCCAAUGGGAGCUGGGGCUGGGCGAUGGCAGGGAGCAGCAGCAUCCUGGCGGAGUUUGGCUCCCUGCAUUUGGAGUUCUUGCACCUCACGGAGCUCUCUGGCAACCCCAUCUUCACUGAAAAGGUCAGGAACAUCCGCAAGGUCCUCAGGAAGAUUGAUAAGCCCUUCGGCCUCUACCCCAACUUCCUCAGCCCAGUGAGCGGGAACUGGGUGCAACACCACGUCUCCAUUGGAGGACUCGGGGACAGUUUUUAUGAAUAUUUGAUCAAAUCCUGGUUGAUGUCAGCCAAGACAGAUACGGAGGCUAAAAAUAUGUACUACGAGGCCUUGGAGGCAAUAGAGACCUACCUGCUGAACGUCUCUCCCGGGGGCCUGACCUACAUUGCAGAGUGGCGAGGGGGGAUUCUGGACCACAAGAUGGGGCACCUGGCCUGUUUCUCAGGGGGCAUGAUCUCCCUCGGUGCUGAGGAUGCCAAGGAAGAAAAGAGGGCCCGCUACCGGGAGCUUGCAGCCCAGAUCACCAAGACGUGCCAUGAGUCAUACGCCCGCUCAGACACCAAGCUCGGGCCCGAGGCCUUCUGGUUCAACUCGGGCAGAGAGGCUGUGGCCACCCAGCUGAGUGAAAGCUACUACAUCCUGCGGCCCGAGGUGGUGGAGAGCUACAUGUACCUGUGGCGGCAAACCCACGACCCCAUCUACAGGGAGUGGGGCUGGGAGGUGGUGACGGCCUUGGAGAAAUACUGCCGGACAGAAGCCGGUUUCUCCGGCAUCCAAGAUGUCUACAGCAGCAUUCCCAACCACGACAACAAGCAGCAGAGUUUCUUUCUAGCGGAGACACUGAAGUAUCUCUAUCUUCUGUUCUCUGAAGAUGAUGUGCUCUCCCUGGAAGACUGGGUGUUCAACACAGAGGCCCACCCACUGCCGGUGAAGCACGUGGACAGCUCCAGCAGGGCCAGGGGCUGACACUGCCCAUCUCCCAGCAGCUCCCAGGGAUGCCGCAGAGACACCUUGCCUUUUUGGGAUUCGGGACUGUUCUCGAAGGGCCUGGAACGUAGGUCCCAUCCUGGGCAGACCCAGGGCAGGUCUUUCGGACAAGCAGCUUCUUUUCCUCUGUGAGGAGACAAGGACUCAGAGACAUAGAGAGUCAGACAAGGGCCACAGUUACUGCAGGCUCCAGACAUUCCUUUCUAAGGAGAAUUUCUAUGAAACCCACUCACUCGCCAUUCCAGGGCCAAAGGACAUCGACCCCACAUGCUCACUUCACUUCUUUUCAGUUAUGUUCUGUUUUGGUUUUUGCUUGAUUUUGCCUUUUCUCUACUGGUGGGUUUUAUCACAAUUAUAUAGUUUUCAAAAUCAUGUGCUUUCUAAGACAGUGUCAUCCCGAUCAACUAAACCUUAAAGUGUUUGCACAUGCACACACACACACACACAAAUCUUGACCCCAUUUUCUUUAUUUUAAAUGCCUUUUACCCAGCAUUUACUAUCUGUUCAAUUCUGUGUCAUUUACCUUUUAAUUUGAGAAGGGGUUCCCCUUUGAUUUGGGUCUAAGUGUUACGACUCACUAGUACUAUUUUCAUUAUUGUAAUGCAAAAAAUCUGUGCACUAGAAUAAAAGAGUUUAUUGAAUAAAAAA